AUGGCAACUGCUUCGACAACACGCGUCGCAGUUCUUACCGAAGAGAAUAUCCCUGGUGCUUCUUUGCAUGGACGAAAACCAUCUGAACUUAAAAAUGAUGAGUUGAAGUUCUGGUUACAGUGUAGAGGUGAUCGGGCAAAGGGACUUAAGACGAAAGCGGAGCUUGUGAAAAGGUAAGGAGUCGGUUUGUUUACGAUGCAAUCGGUUUUUUUGCUUCUAUUCUUUUCUCGACAAAAUUUAUUUUUUCAAUUCCUUCGUUUGACAUGUAACUCUAUUUUCAGAGUUGAAGAGUAUAUUACCUCUGGAAGAGACAAAACCAUCGUCGAUCCUGAGCCGACCAGAUUAUAUACCAAGAGAAAACAGCAGAUCGCAGAUUCAUUGAAUACAGAUCCGGUCGCCAAGGUCGAUGUUGUGAAUUACCCAGAAAGUGGAUGGGGUAGUUCGCUGGAAAAAAUGCCGAUGUUUACCCGAGCAGAAAUGAACGAACAUAUUGCAAGAUCGGGUAAGAACAUUGGAAAUAUUCAUCACCAUUCUGUGCCAACAACACUUCGCAAAGCAAAGACGUUUAUUGAAGAUGAAUAUCUUCACGAAAUCAUGGCAACCUGUGAUGAACACUGCUUUUAUUUCAAAGCAAAAUGCUGCCACAGUUACAGGAAAAACGACCCGCCGCAUCAGCUAAAAUUAGCCUUGUGUAUUGUUAAGGGUGACGUUUUCAAUUCCACUUGUACCUGUGUGGCUGGAAAAGUGGGAUUUUGUAAUCACACAUCGGCGCUAAUGCUGAAACUUUGCAAAUUCAGUCUAUAUGAAGCUAAAAGUACAAGGGACUUACAAAAAGACGCAGACGAGAAUCCGCAAGUAGCAUGUACUUCCCAGCUUCAAUCCUGGAACAAGAAAGGUGGAGGCGAAAAUAUAGUAGCUCAACCAGUCAUGGAGGUUGUGGUAAAAAAGGCAAAACUGGAUGAACCAAGCACCUCACGUUGUGGCGGUGGUGUGAAAUGCUCAUUGUAUGAAGCCAGAAGACAACCACAACAUGAUCUGGAAAGAGAGAAGGCUUUUAAAUCUGAACUUUCAGGAAUUGAUCCAAACUUGGGUUUUGCUCAUAUGAACAAAGAAAAAAACCUAGCUUUUGAACUGAGUGAUACCAAAUUUGGCAAAAGUCCUGUUGGGUCGUUCUUGAGUUAUCAAACUUCUUUCACAGAAUCGAAUUUCUCUGCUCAAGCGAAUCUAGGCUCAGUUCAGAGAGUAAAUGAUGUUGCCCUGGACCUCACUCAUUAUCCUCGCUUUCCUAUGACAAAUGAGGAGGACAUGACCACACCUCGGGAGCUCUCAGAUUCUGAGAAGAACUUGCUGUCUACUCUAAAUGUGGAUGAAGACAAAAUCCAUGAAAUCGAAAGCAAAACAAGGGAUCAAUCAGCAUCUGAAAUGUGGAAGCAAGAACGCACCUAUCGAUUUACUGCCUCUAACUUCCAAGCGAUUACCAAGAGGAAAAGGAAUCAUGAUACCUAUGCACAGUCCAUCAUGCUCCCAAAGCCAUUUUCCUCGAAAUAUGUUGCCCAUGGCAUUAAGUAUGAACCCAUCGCUCUUCAAGAGUAUCAGAAAUUCAUGUUCAACCAGAAAACACCAGUAGCUGUUUUAAGGAGUGGAUUUGUCGUAUCAAAAAGUUGUCCAGUACUAGGUGCCUCGCCUGAUGCAAAAAUUGUGGAUAAAGGAUGUGUACAUUGCUUUGGUUUGGGAGAGGUAAAGUGUCCCUACAGCAAGUUCCAUGAAACACCCUUGGAUGCAUGCUCUGAUCCCAAUUUUUUUAUGGAGAAAAUAAAUGACAAAGAGUGCAGACUGAAAAGGGAUCACGCAUACUAUGCACAAGUGCAAGGACAAAUGGGGAUAACUGGAAGCAAGUGGUGUGAUUUCAUUGUUUAUACCAGCAAGGGACUGUACGUGGAGAGGAUAGCCUUUGAUCCUGACUACUGGAGAAACUUACAAACUGAACUUUUAACUUACUAUUUUUUACACUUCAUUAAGUUUGCUGCUGAGGACUAUCAGAAAAAUGCAGUAGAUAAUUAG